AUGGAACUUCUCAUUGGCGAAGCCUACGAACAAGAACGUCAACGACGUAUCGCCGAAAACAAGGCACUUUUAUCGCGACUUAAUAUCCAGCAUGGUUUUUUCGAAUUGCCGCAACAAAAGAAACAAGCGAGAACGAAAAAGAUAAAACUUGAAAACUCAGACGACGAGUACAAGCCUGCUCCCAGACGUCGAAGUACGCGUUUUUCGGUUCAAAAAUCUCGCCUUGUUUCAUUAACCGACUCUAGCAGCAAAGACAGCUCGGAUAACGGUGGACAAAAGAACUAUAGGUUGAGAAAUCGAAAGAGGAACAGUGUUGGUGGUCUUGGUAAAAGAAACCCAAAUCCCGGUAGGCGUAUACAGGGGGGUAGAAUUUACGAUUCUGAACUUGGCACUACGUGUCAUCAAUGUCGGCAAAAAACCAUCGAAGAAAAAAUCCGAUGCACAAAUGAAUUGGAAGAAGGUCAGAUGUGUCGUGUGAUGCUUGACGAAAGGUGCUUGAUGGGAAGAUAUGGGGAAAAUUUGGAGGAAGCUCGUAAAACCGGUGAAUGGAUAUGUCCCAAAUGUCGCGACAUUUGUAACUGUUCAUUCUGUCGUCGAAAGAAAGGAUUGGCACCAACUGGCUUGCUUAAAAGCAUUGCCUUGAGAAAAGACGAUGUUGACUUUAAUCCUUUUAUCAAGAAUGAGGAUAUCGAAUCUGACACUUCUUUGGUACAAACAAACAUCAAAAGGGAGAAUCCUCAAAAUUGUCGAUUUCAAGAGAUUCCAUUGUUCGUUGAGACCAGUCAAGAACCUGUUAUCGAAGAAGCAACUCUUGGACAGUCUGAUCAGCUCGUCCCUUCUCGAGAUGAAACGAGUGAUUCCAACAUAAUUAAUGAUGAUAUCAAAGAUGUGAAGACGUCCAAAGAGGAACGUCCAAAGUCACGAAUUCGUUCACCAGAAAAGGAGGAACGUCCAAGGUCAGUAAUUCAUUCACCAGAAAGGGAAGAACUUCCAAAGGCAACUCACAAUUAUAAAAGUAUCUUCGAACACGUUAAUCCAUUAUUCGAUUAUGAAAACGAUUCUGGGCUCAAUCCGGACAGCACAUCCGAUGAUGAAGUCUUUUCUUAUGGUAUAAAAAAAGAAGACACACCCGAGAUCGUUAGCGAGAACUUCUCUAAAUGUAAAAAUUUCACUGGAUUAAGACAUCAAAUGAUUAAACAAGAAAAUGAGGUCUCCCAAGUUAUCAAUCCAUUAUUUAUUAGUUCCCAAGACAUGAAUCCAUAUAUUAAAAAUGAAGGUACAUAUCCAUUCAUUAAGGACGAAGAUGUCGACUGGGAUGGAUUCCAAGAUAACGUCUGUGUUUUGAUCGAUAACCGUAAAUUCAACUCAAAUGCUUAUAUCCUCAAAUAA